ACCAAAAACCUCAGCCAAAAACAUGAAGUUGUACAAGUUACUCGUUCAUCAACGAAACUUCAGUGAUAAUGAUCUUCUUAUCAAUCCAAAAGAGUUUCCCCAUGUAAAGCUGGGUGAUGUUGUUGAAAUUUAUCAUCCUGAGGAUGAGUAUAGUCGCCUUCUUCUUCAGGUGACAUGUCUUAGUGAGGACUUGCAGCAGAAAGACUGCAUUAGUACGGACCAGUCUAUUGCCAGCGUUUUCCAACUGCGAACUUAUAAGGAUGUGUAUGUGAAUGUUGUCAACCCAAAUGAUGUAGCCUUGAAUCUAGUUGAGCUGGUAUUUAAAGAUCAAUACCUCACUAGGUCUGAAAUGUGGGCAGUAAAAAAGUACUUGACUGGUUCCUGUGCAUAUCUGACACGGAAAGUCAACUAUGGCUCAAUGCGUGUGCAAGUGGACGAGAUGUGGGCUCGGGGUGACCAGGUUGCUUGUGGCGUCAUCACAGAAGACACAAAGCUGGUCUUUCGGUCGGUGACGGCAAUGAUUUACCUGUUCAUCCAGAUUAGCUCUGAGAUGUGGGAGUUUGACACAAAUGGCGAUCUCUAUUUUGAAAAGGCUGUGAAUGGAUUUCUCUCUGAACUUGUGGAGAAGUGGAAGGAGAAGAAUGCUGCGCACGAAGUCACGAUUGUUCUCUUCUCACGCACGUUCUACGAGUCCAACAACAUCAACGACUUUGCUCCUGAGAUGAGGGAAUUUGUGCAACAGGACCACAACGGCACACUCUACGAAGAUUUCUACAGGGUGGUCGUACAAAGUGAAAGGUACGACGACUGGAGUGGCACGCUGUACAAACUCAAGCACCUGUUUGCCGACUAUCGAAAGACCGUGCUGCGUCACCUGCACCCCAUGACCGGCCACCGCGCGCCGAAGGGUUACAUAUCGACCGCCGCAAAGGGAAACUUUCUUGAGAUGCUCAACAUGUCUCUGAACGUGUUUGAGAACCACUAUAAGGACCGAAACUUUGACCGCACCGGACAGCUUGCAGUGGUCAUCACAGCAGGGGCCGGCGUUUACGAGGUCGAUCGAGAGUUAAACAACAUUACUAAGCAGCACACCAUUGAUUUCGGUGUGGGUAGUGAUCUGGUUUGUCUCGGCGAGCAACCACUGCAUGCUGUCCCACUAUUCAAGUUUCACAAGAAGAAUGAGGAGCUCUUGUACAACAUGGGCGACGACUAUCACAUUCCUCACUGGAUAAACUGCAGCUUUUAUUCAAGGGAACAGGCUAAUGUAACAAGUGGAUUUGUGCCAAGGAUCAAGCUUCCUGAUAAAAAGGAACUGGUUAAAAAGAGUGAUUCAUCUAAUUCAAAAGUGUUCAAUAAGCCAGCUGCUAUGGCUUCUAAAUCGGAUGCUGGCAAUGGGUUUCCAGCACUGUUUGACUAUGAGGAAUAUGACGCGCAGGUGUUCAAGCUGCCAAAAUCGCGGUCUAGUCAAAAGCAGACUACAGUGAGAGCACGAAGCUCGACCCCCAGCGCAAACCAACUUACCCAUCACACACGUGGCAACGCCAGAGAACCGGUAGACCACCAGGUCCCUAACAGACGCAAACGAUAUAUGUCCGAAGACUACACGCUGUUGGAAAAGGAUCAUUUAGAGAACACGCCCCCAACUGGGCACUCCUCAUCGUCGGCCAUUGAAAUACUACGCAGACGGACACGGGAUUCGACCCUUUCCUCAUCACUUGGCACAACAAGUGGGGCAAGCCAUAUGGCUGAAGUUGUACGGGGUCGGUCGCCUCACACUCUGUCGUCCAGUGGCUCACUAGAUGACUCUGGCCUGCCUCUGGGUAACCGCCUUGUUGUAGGCAGUGCUGGCUGCUUGCGAUACGACUACCGACAAGGCUCACACCAGUACUACCACCCACAGCGGUCUCUGAUCAACCCAUUUGGCUCGGUGAACAUGGCUAUGAAGGUCACCUCCAAUAGAAGACGAUGGAUUCAUUCAUUUCCUAAUGGGAAAAGCAGAGAAAGACUAAACCAAAACCAGCCUCAGUGUCAGCCAGCCAUAGGUGAAGAAUAUGUUCAGUUGCCACCAUCUAGGCAAGUCCUGCAGGCAGGGCAGAAUGUAGUUGAGGCACGGUUGCAGCAGCGUAGGAACGAGAGCGUGGAGCCUGGAGACAGCCCACAGAACACACUACACAAGACCCACAGUUCCACCAGCAUUUCUAGCCAACACAGCGUUAGAUACAAUGCGUGUUUUUGGCAUGCCAGUGGGAUACAACAACAACAGCAGCAGCAGCAGCAGCAACAGCAACAACAGCAACAACAGCAGCAACAGCAGCAGGUUACAAAUGGUGAUCUGUCAUGGUAUGGUGGUUCUGCACAUUCUGCUGUAUCGGCUGCCAUUAGCCAUGAUCAUCUUGGUACAGUUUCCAGAAAAGUUCCCUCUCUCAACUUUGCAUUAUCAGUUCCCGGGAGAGGCAGUCAGGCUGGUAGCAUGGUGGCACCACGUACAGCCGAACAUAAGAGGAAAAUGACUUUCUCCUGGAGUCAGCACGAAGUUGAGGAUGAAAAGGAUUGGAUUAUGAAUCUUACCAAAGGAGUUGACUGGAAGUCCAUGAGCGUGCCUGCCUGUCUUCCAAUAACCACUGACUACUUCCCAGACAAAAGGAGUCUGCAGAAUUAUUAUGUCGUCACGGACUAUCAGCUAUUGGCUGACAUUGUCUCCUCUGAUGUGGGGAUCUAUGGCAGGGAUGACAAGCAGGCAUUAAAACCAACAGAUGUUGCUGAUGUAUUAUCAGAAUUGGUAUCGCAGCGACUACAGCAGGGGUUUCAGUUAAUCUUGCUGCCGAAAACUACGACCCCGACACAGCCCGUCAGCAUCACACCCGUCACUCCAGCCCCCAGCAAGACAUUCGCUGCUGCUUUCAAAGGUGCCAUGGCUGAGGAACAGACUGAGGAAUAUCUGUUGAGUAUUGGAAGAAUUUUCCACAAGCUUAGUAGGGUGAAUGGAGCAAGUGAAAUUUUAGUCACCAUAUACAGACCUAGGCAUCCACACAAGACGCAGAAGUUCCACUACACGUAUCAGUUUCGCGUGCCGGAUAGCGACAGCUACGGCAUCUCAUGGGUCGAAUUCCGACACGAACAGCUGGAGAACUACAACUGGAAUCACCUCGACAACGACAUCAUCCAGGAAGACAGAUACUGCCACCUGACUCAGGUGAGUAAAGGGCCGGACACACUAGGCGCUUUUAUCGGGCGACUCAGUCGGGCGAUUCAGUCGGGCGACUCAAUCGCCGGUGAAAAUCGCCUAAUGUGUCCAGUCAGUCGCCGCCGAUUUAGUCGCACGAUUUAGUCGCCUGAUUCAAUCGCAUCG